GCACCCACCCAUAUAACAAAACAAGAAUCAAUCGCUUACCCCAUUCCUGAGUAGGGUUUUGGGUUUUUCUUCAAGUUUUCACCACUCAAUCUCGCAACCGAUCUAUAUCAUGUUGCGUAUAAAAACACCUAAAUCACUGAGAGCCAAGAGGGAGCUCGAGAAACGUGCACCAAAGUUGGUGGAACGUGGGAAAAAGACACUCAUAUUGCAUGGGACAAAGACCAGCAACACCUUAAAUGCUGUAUUGACAGAAAUAUAUCAUCUUAAGAAGGAUAACGCUGUGAAAUAUAGCCGUAGAAACGAUAACAUUAGACCGUUUGAGAGCGGUGGGGAAACUUCACUAGAGUUUUAUUCGCUCAAAACUGAUUGCAGCUUGUUUGUGUAUGGUUCACACUCAAAGAAACGGCCUGACAACCUCGUGAUAGGGCGAACAUACGAUCAUCACAUAUACGACCUCGUGGAGAUUGGAGUCGAAAAUUUCAAAAGCAUGUCAUCAUGUUCAUACGAUAAGAAACUAGCUCCAUUAAUCGGAUCAAAACCUUUUUUUGCUUUUAUCGGAGAAGGGUUCGAGAACGUUGAAGAACUAAAACACCUAAAAGAGGUUUUGCUCGAUCUAUUCAGAGGACAGGUUGUGAGUAAUUUAAACCUUGCGGGAUUAGAUCGUGUGUAUGUUUGUACAGCUGUGUCUUCUAACAAAGUGUUGUUCACGCAUUGUGCGUUGAGGCUUAAAAAAUCUGGCACGGUUGUUCCACGUGUGGAGUUGGUUGAGGUGGGCCCUUCGAUGGAUUUGGUAGUUAGAAGACACCGGCUUCCCGAUGAAGGCCUAAAGAAAGAAGCUCAUAAAGUUCCUCAUGAGUUAAUUAAGAAGAAGGAGAAAAAUGUCAGCAAAGAUGCAAUCGCAGGGAAAAUCGGGAAGAUUUACGUUCCAGAUCAACAGGUUGGAAGUGCGUCUUUACCGUUUACGCCAAAGGGGGUGAAAAGGGAGCGUCGUGAAGCAAAGGCCAAAGGCGAAGACAAGAAGCAUGCAGAAAAGAAGCAGAAGUAGAAUGACGAUGCUUCGGCUUGAUUAUGGUGUCUGUAUCGUCACCUUUUAAACAAUUUUGUUUUUUUUUUUAUUUUCUCUUUUGUCCUAGUGGCAUGAUUAAUGUUAUAAUUAUAUACUGGGCUUUCUUUGGCAUCAGUUUUUGUACAUGUGAGAUGGUAAAAACAACCCGUUAGCUUUCUAAAGACUUUUUAAUCGAGUUUUACGUUCU